AUGGCUCACACUUUCAUUCUGGAUUGUUUUGAUUGCUUACCAAUAUGGGAUCCUACACUUUCAGCUCCAGCAUUCCCUUUCUUCUACAUUGGAGGAAGUGUGGAAAUUCCUAACCUGACUUACACAGAUGACCUCAUGGAUCCCAUGUCUCAUACAUUUAUAUUGCAAGCUGAAGCACUCCAAAAUUAUUUUGCAGAAAUAUAUGGGUCUUCUGCCAUAGGGAAUUAUUACUUGAAGUCUGUUAUUGCUGCAUUCAGUGAUGGAAAAAGUGGGGCUCGAGCGUAUUAUUGGAGCACAUUUUGGGCCCCGAAAGAUAUUGUUCUCCCUAUUAAAAACCUAUCCUCAGUGUAUCAGAAGCAGAUAAUUAGUAAAAGAAUACCUGCAAUAGCUAAUAAUACUGCUAAAACAUAUCCAUUAGAGGAAGACUUUGAUAUUAUUACCAUGGAGCUUUUUGAAUCUGAUUCUAUGGACUAUGAUAUAAUACUGAAAUCAGCCACUGAUUUGUUUUGGUUUUGUCUACCAGCAGCCUUUGACCUUUAUGCAAAGCCUGGUAAUAAUAGGACAUUAACACUGUUGAAUCCCAAGAAAUCUUUUUACCAAUGGAGGCUACGUGUUCCAUCUGACUAUGUUGUGAGAUUGGUAGUUGUAACCUCAUAUGAUGUGGUUCCUGGGAGUUGUGCAUCUCACAGGUUAUCUGCAUAUGAUUUCCUUCUUCCUCUUCAGAACAAGAUAAUUACCAGGUGGUGUGGAAUGACAGGGGCCUGGAAACCUCCAGUUAUACGUUUAACUUCAUCAAGUAAUGUAAUGUUGGUCACUUUUUCACUGGAUCAACGGCAAAAGAGUAAUAUAUUGAAAGCAUAUUUCCAAGCUGUUCCUAAAAUUGUUUGUGGUGGCUGGUAUGUUUCCUGGAAUGGGAGUGUAAUUUCACCUUAUUAUCCCAGUUACUAUCCACCAAACAUUGACUGCCACUGGGUUAUCAGGGCCCCACUCCCUGGAUAUAGACUGAUGGUAAAAAUUAUUGUAAUACAAAUUCAGGAACAGUCUCCUGGAUCCAAGAAAUGUGAUAAAGAUUGGCUGGCAAUUGAUGGAGUGAGAUAUUGCAAAGCUAUUGCGGAAGAAAACAGGGUCAAGGAAUAUGGUUAUUCCAUUUCAAUCAGCUUCCAUUCUGAUGAACUGGUCACACACAGAGGUUUUUAUAUAGAAUUCAGAGCUUUCAGCCAUACAGAUCGUUGCAAUACAGUGCAGUUAAAUUGUAGUAAUGCGAAGUGUAAACAUCAUUCCCAGUCUUGCAAAGAAGACAACAGCUGCAAGAAUGAAAGCCAGGAAGGGGAAGAAGACAGCUGCUCCUAUAAAAGAUGUCUGCCUCAUUCAUAUAAAUGUCUGAAUGGGAAAUGUCCAAUAAAAUUAAAUCCAGAAUGUGAUGGCAUAAGAGACUGUGCAGAUGGAUUUGAUGAAAUGAAUUGCGCAUGUGGAAGGAGUCAGAUAAAGAAAUUCAGAAUUGUUGGUGGUGAAGAUGCAAGGCCUGGAAAGUGGCCUUGGCAAGCAAGCUUGCAACUGGGAACAUCUGGUCAUAUAUGUGGUGCAUCUGUAAUUUCAAAUCGGUGGUUGGUAUCAGCUGCACAUUGCUUUCAGGACUCUGAGUCUGUAAGAUAUUCCAUAGCAUCCAGCUGGACAGCAUAUAUGGGUAUAAAAGUCAUAAACAAAUACAGCAAUAAUCAAGCAGUUAUGAGAUCAAUCAAAAGGAUAAUAGUCCAUCCAAAUUAUGACCAAUACGUCUCAGAUUAUGACAUUGCACUCUUGGAAAUGGAGGCACCAGUAUUUUUCACUGAGCUGGUACAGCCCAUAUGUCUACUGAGCAGUCCUAGAGUAUUUAAUUAUGGAACUGUCUGCUAUGUUACUGGCUGGGGAGCUGUAAAAGAAAAUAGUCAGCUUACAAAAAUACUGCAGGAAGCCAAAGUGAAAAUCAUUAACCAAAAUGUCUGCAGCAAACUUUAUGACUAUCUAAUUACAUCCCAAAUGCUAUGUGCUGGGAACCUUAAUGGUGGUAUUGAUGCAUGUCAGGGUGAUUCUGGAGGUCCAUUAGCCUGUUUAGGAAAAGGAAACAGAUGGUACCUUACAGGCAUUGUCAGCUGGGGUGAAGGAUGUGCUCGAAGGAACCGCCCUGGGGUUUAUACUAAGGUCACAGCAUUUUAUGAAUGGAUUCGUCAGUACAUAAAUUAA